AAUUAUUCUGAGAAUAUGUAGCAUUUUGAUAUUCUUUUUUAAAAAUGAAAAGUAGUAUAAGCACAUGAAUUCUUGUGCUGCGAGCAAUAGUAAUUCUUAUAUUGUAGGAAAAGCUAUAAUGAAAGUCUUCAGAGAGCAGGAGAAUGCAUUUCCCUUCUCACAGGCAAUCGCAGAAGCCCAGCUGGACUGUUUUGUCCUAAAGUUCAAGGAAAACAGAAGCAUCUAAAAUAGUCCCAGGAUAGAAGGAGAGAGCAGGAUAAAUUUGAAAAUGCUACACUCACUUCUUUUUAAUUCUUGGCUUCUACAUUAGUUUUAUUAUGGAAGUAAUAUCAUUAUUUUUACUAAUCUUUUUGCAUAGCCCAAAAAAGAAAAAGAAAAAGAAAGAAGAAAUUACACAAUAGAGCACUAUAUGCAUUCAUAAAAUUAGCAAAAUUAAUGAGAGUUACAUCUAAGUCAGGGGAUUAUUUGAAGACUGCUACUGAAGAGUAUCAUAUUCGUAAGCUUACUGAGACUCAUAACAACCUAUGCAGUGGUCAUGAAAAAUUGAGGGACAAAGAGUUAGAGAAAAUUGUUAAGAAACCACAGUUAGAAUGUCUCUAAUGUUUAAUACUUUUCUAAAUAAAAUAUUUAUAUUUUUUCCUAAAAUAUCACAUUACAUAUCACACGUUAAGUGAAUAUAUCUAUUUUUUCACAGAUAAAUCAUUUCAUAUUCAACCUUUCCCUUCAUUCAUGAAAUCAUGUGGCUGAAAAAUAAUGUGACUGAGUUCAUUCUGCUUGGGUUGACCCAGGAUCCUGUUAGGAAGAAAAUAGUGUUUGUCACUUUCUUGAUUUUCUACUUGGGGACAUUGAUAGGUAACCUGCUCACUAUUGCUACCAUCAAGACCAGCCAGACACUUGGCAGUCCAAUGUACUUCUUCUUUUUCCACUUAUCCUUAUCUGAUACCUGCUUCUCUACUUCCAUAGCUCCUAGAAUGAUUGUGGAUGCCCUUUUGAAGAAUGCCACUAUCUCUUUUAACGAAUGCAUAGUGCAAGUCUUUUCAUUCCAUUUCUUUGGCUGCCUGGAGAUCUUCAUCCUUAUCCUCAUGGCUGUUGACCUCUAUGUGGCCAUCUGUAAACCUAUACGCUACACAACAAUCAUGAGUCAUGGAGUCUGUGGGGUGUUGGUGGCUGUGGCCUGGGUGGGAUCCUGUGUGCAUUCUUUAACUCGGAUUUUUCAAGCCUUGAGUUUACCAUUCUGUGGUCCUAAUGUGAUGGAUCACUAUAUGUGUGACUUAAAGCCUUUGCUGAAACUUGCCUGUGCAGACACCUAUGUGACCAACCUACCCUUGGUGUCCAACAGUGGAGCCAUCUGUACAGAGAGUUUUGUCAUGCUGAUGGUCUCCUAUGUCAUCAUCUUGUAUUCUCUGAGAAACCACAGUGCAGAGGGGAGGAAAAAAGCGCUCUCCACCUGCAUCUCCCACAUCACUGUGGUCAUCUUGUUCUUUGGUCCUUGCAUAUUUAUAUACACAGGCCCUGCAACCACCUUCUCCAUGGAUAAGAUGAUAUCUGUCUUUUAUACAAUUGGAACCCCUCUGCUCAACCCUCUGAUUUAUACGCUGAGGAAUGCAGAAGUGAAAAAUGCCAUGAGGAUGCUAUGGAGCAAGACGUUGAUCUCAGAUGACCAAAGAUGAAAGGAAGUUUCAAUUUUUUCUUCAUAGCUUAGAUUGACUGAGAAUUAGUCCCUCAAGAAUUUUAUAUCUUACUGUGGUAUUCAUUUAAUCCUAUCAUGGGGCAGUGAUAUUUGGUUCCUUA